CCACGAGCGCUGCCUCCAUGGCGACGCGGCGGAGGGGUAGUCAAGAUGGCUACCGAGCGGGGCGGCGGGCGUCUCUGCCCUUAUCGGCCGCCGCUGGCUGCUUUUACCGCCGCGCUGCUGCGGCUGCUGCUGCUGCUGCUGGGCUGCGGCCGCGCCGCCGCCCCCUCCCCCUUCUCUUCCUUGUCAUGUCACCACCGUGUGCCCAGCAGACAGGAGGUGGUCUAUCAAGUUCCUCUGAAGGAAAAUCAUGUCUUGAAGAGAAGUGUGGAUCAACAGCUAAGAAUUAAGAUUAUAUAUGACAGAAGUGUUGAGGAUUUGCUACCUGAGAAAAGACACCUUAUAAAGAACAAACUUUUUCCACAAGCUAUCUCUUAUUUGGAGAAGACUUUUCAAGUGUGCAAAUCCACGGGUACUAUAUUACUAAGCAGGCAGUGUGCAACAAACCAAUAUAUAAGGAGGAAAGCUGACCCUCACAGAUACUGCCGAGGAGCCUGCGCAAACCAUACAAGAUGUGGGCCAGUUGUAGUUCCUGAGAAACAUCUCCAGCAAUGCAGGGUAUGUAAUGAGAGUCAGUGGCACUGCAGACCCACCGGCUUACCUGACCAAGAAGGUGUUCGAGAUGCUGACUUUGUACUUUACGUUAGUGCUCUCACUACUGAAAGGUGUGGCCAUGAAAAUAUCAUUGCAUAUGCGGCCUACUGCCAGCUGGAAGCUGAAAUGGACAGGCCAAUAGCAGGAUAUGCUAACUUGUGUCCAAAUAUGAUUUCAACGCAAGCUCAGGAAUUCGUUGGCAUGCUGUCUACAGUGAAACAUGAGAUUAUCCAUGCACUGGGUUUCUCUGCUGGACUGUUUGCAUUUUAUCGUGAUGAUGAUGGAAAGCCUUUGACAACAAGAUACGCAGAUGGACUCCCUCCUUUUAAUGAAAGUCUAGGUUUAUAUCAAUGGAGCAAUAAAGUUGUUCAUAAAGCAGUGAGGUUAUGGGACAUACGUGGUGGCAAAAUGCUGCGCCAUGCUGUUUAUCUUCUGAUAACACCUCGUGUAGUUGAAGAAGCUCGAAAACAUUUUAAUUGUCCAAUUCUAGAGGGAAUGGAGCUUGAAAAUCAAGGUGGCAUGGGGACUGAGCUCAAUCACUGGGAGAAGAGAUUGUUAGAGAAUGAAGCAAUGACUGGAUCCCAUACGCAGAAUCGAGUCUUUUCCAGGAUCACCUUAGCGUUAAUGGAAGACACGGGCUGGUAUAAAGCAAAUUACAGCAUGGCAGAGAAAUUAGAUUGGGGACGCAAUAAAGGCUGUGACUUCGUAAUGAAGAGCUGUAAAUUCUGGAUUGACCAAAAGAGACAAAAGAGGCAGUUAAUCAGUCCAUACUGUGACACUUUGAGGAGUAAUCCUUUGCAGUUAACCUGCAGACAGGACCAAAGAGCAGUAGCAGUGUGCAACUUGCAGAAGUUUCCAAAGCAGUUACCUCAGGAAUAUCAGUAUUUUGACAAUCUUACUGGAGUACCAGCAGAAGACUUGCCUUAUUAUGGUGGCUCAGUAGAAAUUGCUGACUAUUGUCCUUUUAGUCAAGAAUUCAGCUGGCAUUUAAGUGGUGAAUUUCAACGCAGUUCAGACUGUAGAAUAACUGAAAACCAACCAGAUCCUACCAAAAACUAUGGUGCAGAGAAAUAUGGACCAAACUCUGUCUGUCUUAUUCAGAAAUCUGCUUUUGUCAUGGAACAGUGCAGGAGGAAACUCAGUUACCCUGACUGGGGUAGUGGAUGUUAUCAAGUUUCUUGUUCUCCCCAAGGGCUGCAUGUUUGGGUCAAGGACACUGCGUACUUGUGCAGCCGCUCGGGUCAGGUCUUAACUGUGAGCAUUCAGAUGAAUGGCUGGAUACACAUUGGGAAUCUGAUCUGCCCAGCCUGUUCAGACUUCUGUGACUCCUGUCCCCCAGAGCGGGAUCCUCCAGCUUCUAACGUAACAAGAGGUGCACCAGUUGACUUAUGUUCCUGCUCGUCUAGCCUGGCUGUAACCCUUUGGCUAUUGAUGGCUAACGUAAUUCCCCUACUAACAGGAUUAUUUCUCUGCGCUUAGUUAACCAUGGGGCAAGAAGAUGUUCUGAGAUGAUAAGCCUUCAUGUUGCACUCCUUAUUGUGGAGCACAGAGGUUUUUGUCUCUGCAGGUAGCCAUCUUCUGCUGAACCUCGUCUCUCCUGGCAAGUAUCGGUGCAGACAGUAGACAGGGUGGUACUGACAAAAGCAGCCAGAGUUUGAGAGGAGGAAAACUUACCUUGUCAUCUCAAUAAGUGCCAGUAUUUUCCUGAACUGCAACCUUUGAUUUUUUUUUUUCUUCUUGACGCAGUAACAAGAUAUGCUAUACCAACCACUAGACUACCUGGCAACUCGUCAAGAUUUGAAAUGAGAACUCGUCUGUAAUAGAACUGAGGGUUGUUGGUUCUUUUUUUUUUUUUUCUUAUGGCCUCUGUGUGACUGGUAGCAAAGCAUCCUCAAACUGGAAAUAUACCUCAGUGGUUUAGUCAAAAGCCAUGUAAAAAUCAGUUGUCAUCACUGCUAAUAACCCAGGCCUAAACAGGUGUGGGAAUUUUCAUGUUUGUUUUGUCAAUUCUUACAAUUUAUGGGGGGGAAGAAAUAAUUAAUGGGAUAGACCAGUGGGUGGCAGCUGUCUCCACAGCUGGAUUCUGCAGCUUUGAGGCUUCUCAGAAUUCAUACUAGCUUGCAGUAAAGCAGCUAAUUCUUGGGCUUCACUUAAACCUUCCCACAUGCACAAAGUGGAAUUUCAGAUUGGUAGCUAAGACAACUGUCUAGAAACCCCGUUCUCAUUUAGCACGUGCCAGUUCUACUGUGAAACUUAAGACAUCAAAUGUUUGAAUAUUCUCAGUGUAAUUUUCUAGGCAAAUGCAUUUCAGUACUGACAGCCAGUCUGUAAAAUUGGGAUAGGUUUUCUGAUUAUUUAUGAUUUUGCUGGUUUGUUUCAUAAAUAAUGGCAUUAUUUUUUAAAUACUAUGAACAUAAAUGCAGCUGUUCUCACUUUUUAUUGAAGGGCAAACCAGUAGUGAUGGCAGCUAUGAUCUUACAGGACCAUAUUGACUUCUAUAGACCAAAAACUAUAUGGAAUGUGUAAAGAGAAGUCUAAUCUGUCUUCCUCCCCCCACCCCCCCACUUUCUCUUGGACAUAUAAAUACUAUGGAUUAUUUGAGUAUUUGUAAUAAGUUGAGAAUCAGACGUUUAGAACCACAUGAGAGCACACCUUGGUACUAAAUCAAUCACUUGAAGGACAAAAUACGUAAGAGGAAGGAAGUGAGCAAAAUCUGCCUGGCUAAGGACAGCUGCUGUGUGGGACGCUUGUAAGGAUGCUUUUAUUCAUUUCUGACUCUAUAAUGUGGUACGAAUAAUCCCAUUCAGAGUAAAAGAAACCCUUAUGUGGUCCAAUCCGUUGGCUGUCCUGUUUGGAUAGUUUUCAUUCUUGGAAAAUUGUUAAACUUGAGGGAGCAGACGUGCCCAGUGCACUAAAAAAUGCACAAAGAUGAUGUUACUCUGCUUCUUGAAUGUGCUGUGAUGUUAGAAUUGUCAGUGAGUAGACCCCUUUCUAAAAUGAAAGGUAGGGGAUUGGAAGGGGUAUGGAGUAAAACUUAUUUAGCUACAACUAAACUUGUUUAUAAUAGGACUUCCAUUGUUACUGUAAGAAAAUCUUUGUGCCUACUGAACUUGUUGCAGUUUUUUAUUUAAAGAAAUAAGACACUGCUGAGGUGAGCAAGCUGCAACCUAAAACUGUCUGAAGGCACCACAGUUGAGAGAGUACCUUGCACUGGGCUAUUCCCCCCUUCUUAACUGCAGGUUAAGUUUGCUUUGAAUUAUACAAGGCCUAGGCUAGCCUUAAAUAGGUGUUUCUGAGAAGCAAUACAAAUUAGGAAUCAAAUGCUUUAAGUGUGUGCAAGUUUGAAUUAAGAAACACUCAGAUUACUAAAUGAACACCGAUUAUUUUAAUAUAUGCACAAUCAACAGUCGGUGUAAAUUGAUUCCUUGAAAACAGAAAGGUUUGAGAAUAUAUCUUAGGUCCCAGAGGUUGAUAUUGUAUUUUUUGUCUGUUGUGCAAUAAUACAGUUUAAAUGGUAUCACUCAACAACAAUGCUUUUGAUACUUGAAAAGAAAUGAUUGGUUAUUUUUUCUUACUGUGAAAUAUUUGCACUGUCUGAACUUUCUGGUUAACUUUAUAACUGUUAAACUUUUUUACUGGUGUUAAUUUAUUGUGUUUGGUAUUUGAUAUGCUAGUCUCCUGUCUGUGUAAGUGUGAAAUUUGUCAUAUUUAAUUGAAUAUUUUUAUCUUCUACACAGUUGUUUAUCUCGAGGGCUUUUCUCCUUUUAUCCUCUCUUCCUGAUAAUUAACUGGAAGAUGGCUUAAAAAGUCGAUGCUUGCCUACUUCUGAAUUGUAUGCAUUAAUUAAAGAAUGAGGCCGCAGUGCGUUGUACAUAGAGGAAAAUACAUCUGUCUCCUGUCAGAGCUCUUGUGGUCAGAUUCAACGGUACCUGCUGGGUAGCUGCAUCAGUGAAUCCAGUGAAGUAAAACUGUCACUGCCUUAAUAAUCUGAGAUUUCAGUCAUAAUUUCUCUGAUGUGCAGCCCGUCAACUGGAUGCCAGCUGCAGAACCAGACAUGAUUUUGGGGUGCCGGGAGUGGGAAGGUACUUCAGCUGUAGCCAUGUUGGAACUGCCAAGGCCAAGAAACGUGGCAAGUUCAAUUUAAAGUGAGAAGGAAUUGGUGACUGUCAGAAGGAAUAUUUGAGUAAAGCUGACUACCUCAGUUCUGUUUGAGUUAAGCUUCUAGCCUGAUGUGAACUUCCACAUCUUCAGAUGAAUUAAGUAAAAACCUGUCUUGGGUGUUUAAGAGCAAAAUAAAGGCAGUAGGAAGCAUAAGCCAUUUUUCAGUGUAGAACACAGCUGGUUUAAGCUACAAUUUCAAUCAGUUACAUAGCCUUAAGUGCAGCUUCCCCUGUAAAAGUGGGUAUUGGUUUUAAAUAAAUACAGAGUUUGCAGGCAGCUACUUUAGGUGUCCUGACUAUAUUGUGGCAAGUCCAUCCUACUGCAUCUUUUACGUGUGAAAAUGUUGAAAUACAGCCCAAAACAAGGCUCUGUGUUUUCGCCAGAGUAGAGAGGGCAGCAGGAGCCCUGGAAAUAGUGCUGAGAAAUGUAUUAGCUUGUCUGUAGCAGAAACAUUAUUUUUGGUACAUAAUGUCCACAGUUUUAUUUUUUUAAAAACAUUCCAUGUUUGCUUGUGGAAUUGUGGAAGUAAAUUAGUCUUGCGGUCUUUUUUUUUUUUUUUUUUUCCUUACCCCUGUAGUUCAAAUCUGUAGCAUUUCAACUAGAAGUCAAGGCAAGUCAUUCCUCAGGAACGUGUUUUUCUAGUGUUUCAGACAAUUACAAGGAGGAAGGGUGGCUUUUGGCUGGAGGUAGGCAGCACGUAAAAUUACAUUAAAAAGCAGGCAAUUCAUUCCUCUUGAAAUGAGUUGAGGUCUUGGGAGAGUGUCAGGGCCUUGGAUGUAGGUUAAUUACCAAAAGAGAAUUUCGACCCUUGCUAAUUGACUGUCAGUCGAGUGCAGCUCACUUCCUGCAGAGCACUAGUAAAUGGGAAGACUGAUGUCACUUAAGGCCGGAGAUAUCCGCAGUCCCUUCCAAGGGCCAGUUGUUUUUAGAUCUUCCUGUCCUGCAAAUCUUUCUGCUCCAAUAUAUUUCAGUAGAGAGGGAGGCAUAUGUCCUUUCCUCCCUGUGUUUCUUCCGAGUGACUUCCAGCCAGCUGAGCAGGUCAAGGUCUUUCCCCUGCAAGACUUACUAGCCAGCUUUUGCUUGGCUGAACGCGUGGGUGCCUGCUUGCAUCUAACGUUCUUCGGGAUUUGGGUCUAUUUGUAUAUUAAAUAAUGUGAUCUUACACUAACAGACUUCCAAAGUGCAAAUGUUGCCUUUUUAAUGUGAAGCUUACCUUGGAGAUUAAACAACUGUUUUGAGAGAACUGGCUGACCUUGAACAUGUCUCCUAUUUUGGUACAGAAUGUAAAUAUAGAAUGAACUAUUUUACAUAGAUUUUGACUGGAUUGAGAUACAAGGGCUAAUUUUUGUUAUUUUUGGAGUAAAAAUUUCCUUAUUGUGUUUUAAAAAAAGUAUGUCAUACAAAAGAAAAAAUUGUUCAUCAAUAAACUGUCUGUAGAAAAUUGAUUCUUCUUAUCCUUUUCUUUGAGAGCGGACAUUUAACCGCAAGAAUAAGCACAAUAAAGGACCAACCAUCAUUACAGCAGUCAUUUAUUUUGUGAGAGUUUUGAAAAAAUGAAACUACAUCAAGUCUGCAUGUUGAUCACUUUAAUAAACUGUUGCUUGAUACACUUUGAAUGUAAAAUAUUCUGUAUUAUUAUCAGCUCAUACAUCAGAGGUUUGGCCUGCCGGUGAAGUAAGGAGGUUCCUGAAUUCUGUAUCCCAUCCUCAUGUAUUUAAUACUUAAAAAUUUUGCAAUAUUUAAGUCUCAUUUUCCACCUGAACUGGAAGAUCAUAAUUUCCUGUUUUGUGUAAAGGAUUUGGCCACAUGGUUCCCAUUUCAGCUGGAGGAAUGCUGGCGUUGCCCUGCGGAGCCCUGGGCUGGGACCAGACUCCGAGCUGGAGGAGCUGAAUUUACCUUCACUGCGGUUCAGCAGGGAGCAGGGAUGCUGCAGCUGCUGUUUCUGGUACCCGAGCCAGCUUUGCUAGCGGUGAGACUGAGAUCUUUACAUAUAAUUACAAUACAUCUUUAUGUAUGUAACUCUGGUAAAUGUGAAAGAUGUAACAACAUUUCUCUAAAAUGCAGAGUGGAGAUGAUUUCAUAAUCCAGCUUUUUUGUUUUCUCCCCCCAAGCAAAAUUCAGCAAAUACAGAGAGGUUAAAAAAAACCCACUUGCCUUCCUCUCUGCUAUUUUGGAAAAUGUAAUAAAGCAAAGCAACAGUAGGUUAUUCUUCCUUUUUGUUUGCCUUGUCUCUAACCAGGAGUCUUUCAAAAGGGUAUUAAAGCUUAUAAAAUGUGCCACUGUUCUCUUUAUAGAUGGCUUUAACCCUGAAAAACAUCAGGUGUGUGAAGUUACCCAAACACAGCUAUAAGGUUUAAAAACUUCUGUUUCUAAAAUUAACAUUAUUGGUAGCAAAAUAAAAAAAGCUGGUCUAUGGACCAGUUUGUGUUUAAAAUUCAGAAGUAGAUAGAGAUCUGUCUUCCGGAGUGUGAGAUAUGUUUCUUAAGCUACAGCAGUAUCAGGGCAUUAAUCUGUAGCCUGGAAAGGUGGGGAGGAGCUGCACUGGUGUCGGUCCUGGGGAGUUAAAAUGCAGCAGGGUUUCAAAUGCAAUUUUACAGGAUUUCUGUGCGUCUGUAGCGGUCAUUUUCAUGUAUAAAAAGUCAAGUAUCACAGAGGGUUUUUCACUGUUGUUACGUCCUAAAAAUAACGGCAUUGCACAAGCUGCAAGCUGUCGUGCGUACAUUCUCCUUGUGAGCUUCCAGUUCUCCCCUCUCUGCUAGUACCGAUUAACGACUACAACUUGCUGAGAAAUCAUGACGAUAACAUAAAUGUAUUUGGUUAUUCCCAAUUUUUUUUUCUGUAUUUCAAUGGAAUACAACAAGUUUAACGAAGGUCAGACUACUACUGAGGAUUCCAAAGUGUCCUGAAUUUGAAACGAACACCACUGCU